CACACAUCCGAUCAUCCGAUCCGCACCUCCAUUUCGCGCACCAACGCAGCCGGCACAGCCUGCACUAUACACAAACAAUCCUCUUCGCACGCACGUCCUCCCCCUCCCCUGUCUGUGAUCUGUGAGCGACAAGCCCAAGCAAUCAAGAAAUAGGCAACAAGCAACACGCACUCGCACCGCACGGCCAGGCCGCAGUCAUGGCCACCCCUUCGCUCCUCCCCGUCGUGCUCGCAGCCGACAACUUUCCCGCCUGCGCCGCAUACCCCUCGCACCACCCGGACACCGGCGAAGUCUACGUGCCCUUCCACAUCGCGCCAGCGGACCACGCCGCACGUCUCUCGCCCGUGGGCCUGCUGCGCCCGGCCGUCCUAGCCGCGCUGGACGGCGACGCCGCGUUCGUGUCCCACCGCGCGGGAAAUGCAGUCGAGUGCGUGACGUUCGCCCCGGACGUGCUCGCCGGCGGGCGGCAGGCGAUGGACAAAGCCAUCGCGGACACGGCGGCGCGCUGGCGCGCUGCCGGCCUUUUUACGCCCGCGUUGGCUGGAUGGCGCGACGAGCUGUACGCGAUCUACGCGUCGCCGCGGAGCGCGGCGUUCGCCACGCCUCCGCGUGGCGGGUGGCGCAACGCGGCGUUUGCGUGCGAGCGCGCCGCGUGCGCCGUCUGGGGCUUCGCGACCUUCGGCGUGCACAUGACGGCGUAUGAGGGCGAGGGGGGGAGUAUGAAGAUUUGGGUGCCCCGCAGAAGCCCGACCAAGGCCACAUGGCCCGGCAUGCUCGAUAAUACCGUCGCGGGGGGCAUUACGGCCGGCAUGACACCGCGCGACACCAUGAUCAAGGAGUGCGACGAGGAGGCGUCGUUGCCCGCCAGCCUUGUCGAGGCGCGCUUGAGAAACGUCGGCCUCGCGACGUACUGGUACAUCACCAAGGCGGGGUUCUUGCAGCCAGAGGUCGAAUACCUUUACGAUCUGCCGCUCCCGCCGCGCGACUCGGCGGAUUACGUGCUCCCGCGCCCGCACGACGAUGAGGUCGAGUCGUUCCACCUCAUGACCGUGCCCGAGGUCAUCGAGGCGCUGCACCGCGGCGAGUUCAAGCCCAACUGCGGAAUUAUCCUCGUCGACUUCCUUAUCCGCCACUCGCUCAUCACCCCCGAGAACGAGCCGGACUAUAUCGAGAUCUGCUGGCACAUGCGCCGCCGUCUCGGCGUUGGCAUGCCCGCGUAGAUGUAUUAGAGGGUAUACAUGCAGAUGCAGGGUACAAUGCGUCCGUCUUGCGCUUGUCGUU